GUUAACGAUUUUCUUUUAAUGAAAGAAGAACAUAUCGGAAACAAAAGAUAUAUAUGUAAAAAUGUAAUCGAUAAACAAUAAAAGCGUAACCUACGAAAUUCUUCCUUCUUAUUUCUUGAAUUUUUAUAGAUUUCUUUUAGUUUUAUAUUAUUACAAAUUUCAUUUAUUCGUUAAAAAAUUUAAAAUUUUUAAUAUUGAUCUUACUUAUGAUGGUUAUUUCAUAAUUAAAUUAUGUAUAUUAAUUAAUUUAAAACAGAAUAUGGAUAUUAAUAACAAGAAAAAAUAUUGCUCUGAUGUAAAAAAUGUAAAACAAUGGUUGCAUUCUACAAAAGAAAGAUGUGAUUCGUUAAAAUCUCAUAUGAAAUAUAUGAAGAUGUUAUAUCAUGAUAUGCCAAAAAUACAAGAAAAUAAAAAGACAUUGUAUAGUCCAAAUUGGAAAGAUUCUAAAAUUAAGACUUCUAAUAAUGAUCAAACUAUAAUUUCUAAACAGAUGAAUUAUAAUAAUUCUUUGGAAAAUUAUUCUGAUAUUGAAUACAAUAUAAUUCACAAGGAUGAACCUAUAACAUCAAGUUUAGUAAACAUUAUAUCAAAAAUUAAUCUACAAGAUAAAGAGGAAGAAAAACUACAAAAUUUUGAUAAACAGAAAGCAGCAGGAAUUUCUUCAAUUACACCUCGAACGUAUGAUAUUCAAAAUAUACAUAUACAAUCAAAAUCAUUAUUACCAAUUCAGAAAGAAAACAUGGUAUGUGAAGAACACAAUCACAAUUGGCAACUCCCAUAUCAAAAGCAUUUAACAGAAUAUUCUACAGAAUUGAUAGAAAAUAUUGAAUGUUCAAACAAAUCAUUUGAACAAUUAAUUCUGGAUAAUCAAAAUGAUUAUAUACUUCAAGAAUCACCAUCUAUAAGAGAUAAUAUAAAACUGAAUAUUUCUGGUAAUUUAAAAGAUGGACCCAGUGAUAAAAAUAAAAUUUCUGUAAGAAGUGAGAAAAAAGAAAAAGCAAUUUCUUCAGCAUUAUCAAGCAAGAAAGGUUCUUUAUGUAAACUAGAUGAUAUUGUUUCAUUGAAAAAGAAACGAAGAAGAAAAAUAAAUUGUUCUAAUUCAAGGAGUACUGUAACUACAAGAGAAACAGUUCUUUUAGGAAAAAAGGAUACAAAAAGACGAAAACAAAAAAGUAUCAUAUAAAGAUGUUCAUUUGAGAACUUUAUAUUGAUUUUUAUGUAUAUUUUAGAUAGUGUAAGUAAUCGUCAUACAUUCAAGUCUCAACAAGCAUCUAAUGAAGUAGUGGAAAUUUAUCAUAAUGCUGCAGCAAAGAGUGGUAGCACAUCUGCUAUUCCUAGUAAACAUUCAAAACUUGAACAUCAUAUGAACUACAUUAACAUAUUAAAAUCUUCAGCUAUAAAUAAACGACAGAAUAUGUCUAUAAAUCCAAAAUGUGAAAGUAAUAAUUAUGCAAAUACUUGUGAUACUAAUAUAGAUGGUCUUCAAAAUUGUUCUCAAAGACAAUAUCAAUCUGGACAGAAAGUAGAAGGAAAAAAUACAAUUACUAAUGAUCUAAAUUAUAAUUUGGAGGUUUCAACCACUCCUUUAUGUACUAUGGAAAAAUACAAUUCACAUCAGUGCCAACAUGCAAUUAUACAAGCAUCGUAUUGUAAUCCAAUAAUUACUCAUAAUUAUGAAAUGCCAACUUUAGCUUCAAAAUUGAAAAGAGCAAAUCGAUCAUAUUUCAGUAGAUUCAAUUUUCGAAAUAUACCUUUCGUAGUGGGUACUUCAGUAACCCCAAGUCAUAAUUUAGGUUUAAAUAUACAACAAGUUUUAAGUAUAAUGAAAACAAGACAAACUGCUACAACUGGAAUUACUCCUCUUCUUAUUCGUAAAAUUAGUAGAGGUAUGAAACCUGCAUCUAUUCUUAUAGAACAAAUAAAUGAUCAACAGAGUAAACUAUCUCAUAUGAAUUCCCAAAUGAAUUCUCAAAUGAAUGCACAUAUACAAAAAGAAAAUUUAUUUAUGGGUAAAGGUGAACACUUAUUAGAAAAUGAAAAUAUGUUUUUGAAAGGAGUAAGUAAUGUAAAUUUAAAUGUAAAUAUAAAAUCAAGUCUUGAACAAUAUCAAAAUAUACAACAAAAAAUUAAUGGCGAUAUAAAUAAAUAUGAAAAUCUUCAUAAAAAAAAGGAUACUAAGUCAGAAAAUCAAUUAAAUACAUUAAAUACAACACAGAUAUUACAUGCAACAGAUAAUAAAAUGUUAAAAUUGUUUGCUUCUCAUCAAAAUGUAAAUUCUAAAAUGGAAAAUCCAGAGAUACAGUCAAAAAUUUAUCAGGGUAGUAUAUGUGAUAAACACAAUUCCAAUACCACAAUAGUUAAUCAUUCUCAAGAUUCAAAAGGAAUACAAGAAGUUCUUAUUAAUCUUCAUGACCAAUUUGAAGAAAUGAACACGAGAUAUGAAAGAUUACAAACAAAAGCAAAAAAAUACAGUGAUAAAGAGUUAGAAGAAGAAAUAUUACAUUUAGAAAAAGAAUUAAGUAUUAAAGAAGCUGAAAUAAAUGCUGUUGUUAAUUUAUAUAAAGAGGUAAUGGCAUUGAAACAUCAAAUGAGAUUGUUACAAAAAAAGAAUAGCUAUGUUUGUAUAUCAACUGAAAUUCCAUUGGGUUCAGAUAAAUUAUAUACAACUGUUCCAUUUACAUCAACUAAAUCUAAUGGAUCAAGUUUUCAACAUAAAUCUCUUCAUAAAAGAGGAAAUAGUAUUAUUGCAAGGGAACCUACUUCACUUCGUUUAGCCGGACUUUUACGGCAAAUUCAAACAUUUCAAAAACAAUUAAAACUGAUGUCGUGGUAAUAGUGUAUUUUAGUGAAUCACAUGUAAUGCAUAAGCUGAAAUUAUUAACAAAUUUGUUAUAUGAUAUUUAUUGAAAUGAUUGUUUAUGUAAUAUCAUAUUAAAUGAUGGUCUAAAAUUUGAUUAAAAAAUGAUAAUAACAUAUAAAGUAUAAAACAAAUAAAAUUUGUAAUAAUUUUUCUUAAGUAAACAUUUGUGUUGUGUAGUAGAAGAUUUGUCAUUUAUCAUUAUAUUAUUUAAAAAAAUAUAAUGAUAAUUUAUAUUAUAAUUUAUAUUAUAUAUAAAUUAUUAUUAAGAUAAUUUAUAUUAUAUUAAGAAUUUUGUUAGGGUUAUUCUGUAUAAUAGAAAUCAUAUUUAGUAGACCACAUAUUUCUUUUAUUCAAUUCUGUGUGCUACUUGUUAUAAUGAAUAGAUUUGUAUAGUUUUAUAUAUUUAUUUACGCACCUACUUUAUAUAGUUAUAUCGUUUACACAUAUAUACAUAAUAAGUUUUCAAAUGUUUUCAAAUAUUGCAGAAUAAUUAAAAUUAUUAUAGUAUAUAAAUCUUUACCUGUUUUUUAAUUUUGUUUUUAAUAUGAUGUUUUUAAUAGAUAUACCAUUAAGAUUAUCUCUUUUUUUUCUAUACAACAACAUCUGAUCAUUCGUAACAAUAACUCAUUUCUCAUAAUUAAGAAAUUUUAACCAAUUACUAACAAAAAUAUUAAUCUCACAAGUAACUACACAGCUACACAAAAUUAUAUAUUAUAAAAAA